UUUGUUUUCAAAUAAGAAUAUAAGAUUAUAGGCUAGGAAAUUUUUUGCAGGUUGUGAAGGCAAAAAAAUUAUAUAAAACAUAAUUGAUAGCGAAUAAUUGAUUUCGGGAGUCUGAUGAAUAAUAUAAUGAUACAUUAAUACUGCAAAAGUCAGCAAGAUGGAUCCCAAUAUACCAAGUAAUAUUCCACCCCCUGCUUUUGUUCCUCCUCAAACAAUUGGUACUCCCCCAUUGAUACCCCCGGUACAGAUACCGCCAAUUGGAAAUUUUGCUCCUAUUAUUCCACCAUUUAGUGUUCCACCACCCGGUUUUGGUGCUUUUGCUGCUCCUGCUCCUAAUCCUUCAGACCAAUGGACUGAGCAUAAGGCUCCUGAUGGACGAAUCUAUUAUUAUAAUUCAGUCACAAAACAAAGUUCAUGGCAGAAACCAGAUCAAUUAAAGUCCCCCGCAGAGCUCCUACUGUCUCAGUGUCCAUGGAAAGAAUAUACUGCUGAUAAUGGAAAAAUUUAUUACCAUAAUAUUAAUACUAAAGAAUCCAGAUGGGUCAUACCACCAGAAUUAGAAGAAAUUAAAGCUAAAAUUUCCUUAUCAGAAACUGAAUCAGCUAAAGUUAUUAAACCAACAAAUGAAGUUUCUAGUCCUUUGCCCCUUCCUCUACCCAUUAAUUCUGGUAGUAAUUCUCCAAGUGUUCUAACUGCUCAAAAUGCAAGUCCAGGUGGGAAAAGUGCUCUUGAAGCUGCUAUGGCAGCAACAUUAGCAUCUAUUGAGCUUCCGAAUCCAGAACCUAAGAAAGAAGAAGAACCUAUUAAAGAACCAGAAAAAGACAACUUACCUGUUCUUCCUGAAGUGAAAGUAUUUAGAGAUAAAAAGGAGGCAAUGGAGGCCUUUAAAGAACUUUUAAAAGAAAAAAAUGUUCCAUCAAAUGCAACUUGGGACACUUGCGUAAAAAUGAUAAUUAACGAUCCAAGAUACGAGAGUUUCAAAAAACUCAAUGAAAGAAAGCAAGUGUUCAAUGCUUAUAAGACUCAAAAACUGAAAGAUGAGAAAGAAGAACAACGGAUUAAAGCAAAGAGGUCAAAGGAACAACUCGAAGAAUUUUUGCUCAAUUCAGAUCAAAUAACAUCUGCUACAAAGUAUUAUAGAUGUGAUGAAAUGUUUUCAUUUUUAGAGGUAUGGAAUAACGUGUCUGAUUCAGAUCGUAGAGAUAUUUAUGAAGAUGUGAUAUUUGCCUUAGCUAAAAGAGAAAAAGAAGAUGCUAAGAAGUUGAAGAAACAUAAUAUGAAACGUUUGGCUGAAGUUUUGGACACCAUGCCCAAAAUCACAUUUGAUAUUACAUGGUCUGAAGCUCAAAAAAUGCUUUUGGACAAUCCUGAAUUCAAGAAUGAUGUAAAUCUUCUUGCCAUGGAUAAGGAAGAUGCUUUGGUUAUAUUUGAAGAGCAUAUCAGAGCUUUGGAAAAAGAACAUGCGGAAGAAAAAGAACGAGAAAAAAAGAGAUUGAAGAGACAAUAUCGUAAAAACAGGGAUAGGUUCUUGUCUCUUCUCGAUCAUUUACAUGAAGAAGGGAAGUUAACUUCAAUGUCUCUGUGGGUUGAACUUUAUCCUCUGAUCUCUGCGGAUGUACGAUUCUCAGCAAUGCUAGGUCAAAGUGGUUCGACUCCUUUAGAUCUCUUCAAAUUUUAUGUGGAAGAUCUUAAAGCUCGUUUUCAUGACGAGAAGAAAAUAAUAAAGGAAAUACUGAAGGAAAAGGAAUUCGAAGUAGAAAUUGAUACAACAUUCGACCAGUUUGCGACUGUUAUUUGUGAAGAUAGGAAAAGUGCUACCUUGGAUGCUGGGAAUGUAAAACUAACUUUUAAUUCUCUUUUGGAAAAAGCUGAGGUGAGGGAAAAAGAAAGGGCAAAAGAGGAAUUGAAACGUAUGAAAAAACAAGAAUUACAAUUCAAAAAUUUACUGAAGGAAUUGAAUAUAGAUCCUGAUUGUACUUGGGAAGAGGUAAAAGAAAAGGUUCAAAAUGAGGAGGAAUUUUUAGCUAUUUCUUCUGACUCUGAAAGACAUAAAAUUUAUAAGGACUUCCAACAUGAAAUGGAGGAAUCAUGUAGUCAUCAUCAUUCCAGAUCUAGGAAAUCAAAGAAAAAGAAGAGCAAGAAAUACAAAUCUUCCAGCGAAUCUGACAGUGACAAGUAUAAAUCAAAAAAAAAGUCUGGUAGCAUAUCAGCUUCAGAAGGCACAGAUGAUGAUUACAGGAAGAAAAAAUCAAAGAAAAAGCAUAAGAAAAAGAGCCCUUCGCAGCCCCCUGAACAAAAACACCCGAAAAACAUUGAAGGAGAAGGAAAAGGAGACUUCACUGAAAGCGAAUUGGAGAGGCGAAGGGCUCUUCUGUUGGCUCAAUUAAAAGAGCCUGAAAGUGAUUAGAUUCAAUUAAUCUUCCAUGAGUUGUAUCUAUGGUCAUUGAUAUUCUCAUAAAUUGAAACUGACAAAUGGGAAAAAGGUUUCUUAUCCCGGCUAUCAAAAUAACUCAUUUUAAAAUUUUUAAUUUACCAUUAUAUAAUUAUUGCGAGUAGAAAGGAAAGUAAAACUAAAGGUGAACAUACCAUCAAAUUUUAGUAAUGUUUCCAUUUUUUUUUUGUAAACGAUCCAUUUUAAUUUUAAGAAAAAAAAAUUAUAUUUGUCUUUUGUCCAACCUUUUCUGCUUUCCUCCUUUCCUAUAAAACCGAAAUCUUUUAAAUAUAAUUUUUAACAAAGA